AUGGAUCCAAGCCUGAUUCUAGGCUCUGUUACCAUCAUGUUUGUCGGACAAGAACAGAAACAGUAUGCUGUCCACAAGCAACUUCUUUGCAACAAGCUCGGCUACUUUCGAUCAGCAUACCGAACCAAGAUGAGAGAGGCCACGGAAGACGUCUUCCGCUUAGAGGAUGUUACUCCGGCGGCUUUCGAGUGUCUCAUCGCUUGGUUGUACACGGGCCUCAUUUACAUCGAUCCCAGUGGGAGCAGCAAGCCUUUGCCCACGGGCCUGGUUCCGGAGGAGCCAAACGGGGACGACGAGUACAUUCCUCCGCCAGCGUCCGGAUCAGGCGAUGACACGUCCAUAACAUCCGACGAUACCGCAGAACCCGCGGUGAACGACAUGGAUGAUUUCGUGGCAUCAGCCCUCCGCUACGAAGAGAUCAAAGGGGGUGCUCGCUCGCCGACUAACGCUUCGAUAGAGGCGUCCACUGACCCGGGCAAUCUACUCGCGGAUCAUACGUUCCCAGGCUGCAAGGCAUCCGAGCUCGAUGCUUACCAACUUCAGGUUCUCAUCGCUUUGCACGGAAGCCGAACGGACUCGCAAAUAGUCGACAGGGUUCUCCAGUGGCAGCAAACGCUGGAGGAGAAGCUUGGAGGCGACCGCGAAGAAGCGAUGGAUGGCAUGAAACACGGCGAAACCGGAGAUGACGGAGAAACCGAUGUGUUUGAUCGUCUCGUUGAGUUGUUCGUUCUCGCAGACCGCUUCGACAGCCCCGAACUUCGCGCCAAGCUGCCAAACGCUUUCGAUCAAGAGAUUGCUGUACGGAAAGACUUCACCGGAGGGCGCGGCCUCCCCACUUUCGAGACUGUCACCAGGGCUUACGAGAACACUCCCGAGUCAUCUUGGCUACGCGCUUGGUUGGCUGAUAUGCGAAAAUGGCAAUUCACUCUCAAAGCUCCACUCCUUUCACGUGCCAGUGACGUCGACCCUCCAAACGCAGCGCUGCCACCACCUCAUCUCGCUUCACUCGACAAUCUCACCCUCCGCGCCAACUUUGCGCAUCAACGAUACUCGACAUUCUUCAACACCGCUGAAGCGCGGAUUCGAGGAGCAUGGCGUUCACCACCACGCCGCUCGUCACAAAUUUCGGACUCGACUACACCAAUUGUUUCGACCAUCGAAGCGCUCGGCGACCCCACCCUAGAUCCACAGGACAUCAACUUCUGCAUCACAGUGCUGAAGAACCUCGACAAGGCGGCUCGGUUCAGGUUCCUUGACCUGCACCCUGAGCUCAGAUUGCUGGUGUAUGAAGAGCUUUUGGACUUCAGCAAAGAGAGUGAGGGCCCAUGGAAGAGCACGUGGCCGCAAAUAUUGGCGACCAACAAGCAGAUCCACAAUGAGGCGGGCAAGAUUCUUUACGACAAUCUUGACACGACGACUUUGAUCCGCAUUUCGGAACCCCGUUUCUCGGAAUCUGUCGGUCGUUCCCGGACUAGACCUGUCCGUGGCCUUCACACCCCCGUUAGUCGUCGCAUACCGACUGGAUUUGCGAUGGUCGGCCCGCCAGUCCGCCACGAAAAACCAUUUUCCAUUUUACGUCUGGGCAUCUCCAGCUCUAUCAGUGCGCCGCAUAUCAUCGGGAUCCAUCAAGCCACCAAGCUCUAUCCGGUCCAUACUGUGCGAGCGAGCCGUGUGCUGAUGGCGCUAUCCAACUACGAUGCUGCUUUCCGGCACUUCUACUCGCUCCCGGCACUACUUCAUCAAUCGGGCUGCUCCAUUCUUAUUCUCAAGAUAUCGCAUGAAAAGGAGCAAGAAGAAUAUGGCCCAGAGGGCCGGACGGUGAUAAGUCGCGUGCUGUUGCGAACCUCGACUGGCUCCGUGACCGUCAUUGUCCAGGGGCGGGCAUGCGAACAAUUGUACUCGCUGAGUUCUAAAAUCGCAUCGGACUCUUUUCUGGCUUGGCUCGACGUUGAGAACGAAGUGUCAAAGAUCAUCGAUCUCGUGGAACAAGCGGAAGUACCAUGCUCAGGGUUGAGGACGCUGCGCACAUGUAUCCGAGCACUACUUCCGAAGUAUCCAGUGGGAGACCAUGAGCAAGCAUGGUUAGGUCGAGAUAUCGUUGAAGCUGUCUCUAAAGCAAAAGGCUUUCUGGCCACAGGAAGAUGGCAGCAGAUAAAGGCAAAGGCGGAGGAGGUAUUAGCGAGCAGAGCAGGUCCAGCGGAGUAG